AUGCCAUUUUGAGGAAGGUUUUCAAAACUUGAAAUCCUACCGGAGGAAGGUUGAACCGUUUUUGCAACACUGCAAAAGAUGCACUCACACUCACUGCCGUGUAAAAAAUAAAUUUUGUUAUCACUGACCAGCGAGAGAAAGUUCUUUCUUAAUCGAUGGAAAGAUUUAAGAUAAAACACUGAAAAUAUAGCUCUUAUUCGAGUGGAGAUACUGCUAUUAACUGAAAGUUAUAAGACGAUUGUCAUUUCCCACUCAACGAGUUUGAGUGCAUGUCAGUGAGCUCUUAGACAUGAAGAAAUACAGGCAUUUAGAAGAUUACAGUAUUGUGUGACCGGACUGAAGGAAAUACACUAUCAGCAGGCGCUAUCAUGAAGAAAUUACUUAAAUCUUUUCACGCAAAUAUUGCAGCGUGAGUAUAUAUUUUCUUGACAAGAACUCAAUAAUAAGUAGAUAAAGGAAAAGAAGCAAUUACACAGAAAUUUGGCGAUUCUCUUGGAAAUUACUAGCUAUUACUAUUAACUAUUAAGCUACCCACAAAAUUAACAUUAUCUCUUAUUUUUGGAAAAUUAUACACCUGCCGUAACUGUUGACAAACAGAACGAUGGUUUUGAAGUUUUAAAAGUUUAUAAUACAUAAAGAAACUUCUAGAGUCGGUGAAUGAAACCUUUUCUUACGUUUUCCGUUUUUGGCCGCGGCUGGCGGAAGUUGAUCCAUUUGACGUAAUAUCCCACGCACAACACUCGGAUUUCACCUUUGUCCUAUUUAGCACUCUGGGUGUUGAGGACAUGCAAUGACAUUAUAUGCAUGAUUAUAUGCGCUUUUCAACGUAACUCCAGCUGGUUAAAGAAAAAAUGUCGCAGAGCUAAAGAUCAAGCUUGAUCAUGUAUUAAUAAUGAUGAUCAGAGAAUGUAAUCUUUUCGCUCUCUGAUUGGUCGGGUCGUUAUGAAAUAAACAUGGCGCACACAUUUGCAUAUUUUGAAACAAAUGGCGAGCAGGAAUAUUAUUUCCUAGCAGGAAAGAAAACGGAAUAAUGGUUUCAUUAAAAAAGAAAUCGUUCGAUCUGCCCACGGAUGGGACUACAGAAUUCUACAAUGACUCCACAGAUUCAGAUUCAGACGAAUCGCCGAAAUUUUAUCGUCACCGAAAGCUUACAGCAGAGCGAAUGAAGUCAAAGCGCUAUAUCAAACAAGGUUUUUUGAAUAUGAAGCAAAAAACUGGAUCUUUCCAGAGAUGGAAAAAGUGUUAUUUUCGAUUGCAAGAGAAAAGAAAGCUGUGUUAUGCAAAGGAGCCCACGGCAGAAAUAUUUACUGAAGUUGAUAUACAGAAUUCGAGUGUGGCUGAAACAAGUAUAAAGAAUGUCAACAACAGUUUUUCUAUCAUCAUGCCUUACCUGACUCUAAUAUUAUGCGGUGAUACAAGAAGAGAAAUGGAAGAGUGGAUAACUGCACUGCGUAAUAUCACAAUGAGGAGUUCCAAUUCCGAUAUCCUGGAUCGUUUGUCAGAUGGUCAUAACUGGUAUUCACGCUCUCAUUCCCGACCUACCUUAUGUAAUGUCUGCGGUGAACUGUUGCCUGGGGUUACAUCGAAAGGUUUAUCAUGCGAAGUGUGUACAUACACAGUGCAUAAACAUUGCGCUGUACGCGCUGUAGACAAAUGCAAGUGGACCUCCCUUGAAACGAUAGGAAACAAAGAAAAACUCAGUGAAUACAACGAUCCAUUCGCAAUGGCUCACCAAUGGAUGCAGCUAAACAUACCACCUGGAUCAAAAUGUUAUGUGUGUGAUAAAAGUUGUGGUGGAAGAAAAAACCCGCAGGAUAGAAAAUGUCUCUGGUGCGGGUUAUCUGUACAUAGUUUUUGCGAAAGUCCAACGGCAGCACGAGCUAAAUGCUCGCUGGGUGAGAAUCAUUUAUCAAUUUUACCUCCGACAUACUUGGCGUUUUCCUCUAAACCAGGAAUGCUAAUGGAGGCCAAACGACCUCCUCAUGGUAACCCUUUGUUAGUUUUUGUAAAUACUAGAAGUGGUGAUAAUCAGGGUGUUAAAUUUCUAAGAAAGUUUAAACAGCUACUAAAUCCAGCACAAGUUUUUGAUUUAAGUUUUGGUGGGCCAGCACAAGGUCUAAAGCUGUUUCAACACCUUGAUUUGUUCCGAAUUCUGGUUUGUGGAGGCGAUGGAUCCAUAGGCUGGGUUAUGACUGAAAUUGAUCGAAUGAACUUAAUAAAAAAGUGCCAGAUUAGUGUACUCCCUCUUGGGACAGGCAAUGAUCUAUCUCGAGUUUUACGUUGGGGAGCAACGUUUUACGAUACGAAUGCACUGCCAUAUUUACUCAAAUCCCUUGAAGGAGCAAAGACGGAGAUGCUUGACAGAUGGAGUAUAAUGAUUCAAGAAGAGAAAGAGAUGACAACCAGUCGUCCUUCUUCUACCUAUUCUCUGUCUUCUCAUGCGGAAUCCAGCACGCCUUCAGAAGAUUCAUUCAAUACAAUGGAAAAUGAUAUUGGAAAGCAUUUAUCAAGAAUAAUGCACUCGCAGGAAAAUACUGAAGUUAUUUCGUCAGCCAGAGUACUGUGUGGCAUUGUGAAGACUCUAGUAUCCAAAGUUGGUGCAGCGUCAGCCUCGGAAGAAAGUAACCAACCCGGCCAACCAGAUGAACUGAGUCAAAAGUGCUCUGUUCUAAACGACAAGUUGGACCAACUACUUCAUACAUUGAAUGUUGAAGCAGAAGCUGUGCAAAACCCUUCCGAAAGUGGUAAACUUAGUCCAUCAGGAAGACCGAAGGUCUUCGUUCCUAGAGACGCUUUAAUGUCCAGAGCAAACAGUUUGAAGAAAGCGUUACGGCAGAUUAUUGAUCACACUGAACAGGCCGUAGACGAACAAAAUGCUCAGACCGUAAACAGUAAUGAUCUUGCUCAAUCUAUUGUGAUGGCGGCGACUACAGCAUUCGAUGCACAAAUACCCAAUAUCGUAACAGACGACAAUCGAUACGAACAUCAACAGAGUUUAUCUGAUAUUCCUGAAGCGAGCAGUGAAACAUUACUAUACCCUGAAAGAUACUCCCCUCGAUUAUUGAGUAGAUCUUCUCCACAACGUAGCGAAUCAACACAAGAUGAACUAAAGUUCGAGUCGAAAGCAACAGUUCAUUUUCCUGGAACAAUCAUAGCAAAGGCAUUUCUCAAAGAGAAAGUGAACGAGUCGAAUAGCCCUGGAAGUUCAAUGGUUUACAAAGCAUUAAUUGCUAACGUUGAUACAUUAUGUGCAGCUGCAAGUCCCGUUCCAGAUAACUUUGUGUCUGUUGAGGGUUUUACGGAGCGUUGCGUCAUGAAUAAUUAUUUCAGUAUUGGUAUGGAUGCAAAAGUUGUCUUAGAAUUCCAUCUUAAGCGAGAGGAAAAUCCUGAACAGUUUAGGAGUCGGAAACUUAACCAAAUCCACUACGGUAUGCUUGGAGGAAAAGAGUUUUUACAAAGUUCAUUCAAGAACUUAGAUCAGCGCGUGCAUAUCGAGGUUGAUGGUCACAAACUGCAUGUCCCACGACUCAUAGGGAUAGUUGUUCUUAACAUACCAAGUUAUAUGGGUGGUUCAAAUUUCUGGGGCUCUUGGAAUAAUGAUGAUGGAUUUACCACGCCGUCAUUUGACGACAAAAUAGUUGAGGUUGUUGCUGUAUUUUCGGCAAGUCAAAUGGGUAUGGCUAAGGUAUUUGGUGGAAUGCCAUAUUAUCGGACGGCUCAGUGUCGGUCUGUGAAAAUCACGAUCACAGACGAGGCAGUGCCGGUACAAAUUGAUGGUGAACCUUGGAUGCAACCCCCCGGUGUUAUAAAGAUUGUACAUAAAAACAGAGCGCAGAUGUUAGUCCGAGAUGCAGAGUUUGAGAGUACGUUAAAAUCUUGGACUGACAUUCAGCAAGAAAAACACGAAAAAAAUUAUCUAUCAGAAGAAGAAAAUAUGCAGCAAAUGAUUGUAUCAUUGAGAGCUCUUAUAAAAUGUAUUCAUGUUGGUGUUUGUCAUACAUUAAUUCAUCAGAGGCUUCUUCCUUUGGCUGAGAGUCUGGAAAUGAAACUCAAUAGAGUAUUUCCUCGAGGAAAGCUUGCAGAGAGUGCGUCAAGAUUGGAUCUUUCUGAAUUAGUUUCUUUGGGGAAAUUUUUCGAGGAAAACGUAAAGGAGUUUAUGGAAACAAAAGUGAAUGAUUUGCGUCCGCCAAUGUCUUCUGAAUUACGCGAGCGUAUUAACGAAGAUGCGGAAAAGGCACGGAAGGCAAUAAGAAGAGUUAUCGAGAUUCAUGGACUGGGUUCUCUUAGUGAAGAGUUGCAGACUGAUAAGAAUUCUCUGUCAAGAGGAAAAGGAAUGUUUGGACUGGGAAGAUUAAGAAUGACAAAAAGACCUGACUUACCAAAAGCAAACACAGCACCAGCUGGUGGAAUGAUUCAGUUUUGGAGAGUAUCGGAGGUGUGCGAAUGGUUAAAGAGUAUUGGUCUAGGAGAAUACAGGGAAGUAUUUACUUUGUCCGACAUCGGAGGAGAUCGUUUAUUGCACCUCGAUAAAGAACAACUCAAGGAUAUGGGGGUAAAUAAGCAAGAACACAGAAAGAAAAUUCUUCGAAGCAUCAAAAGCUUAUGUGGAGGUCUUCCACCCAGUACAGCAUUGUUGAUCGAUAGAACAGAACAUGGAAAUCGUCUAAAGAUAAAAAACCUCGAUAUCGAGAAAGACUUCGACAGUCAGUAGAACAAUGAAUGUACAUAAACUAAUGUGGACGGCUAUAUCGCGAGGAUUUAAUAGAGAUGGGUAGUAGCUAGUCACGGGGUUUUGUCCAUGAUUAGGUCAGAGUAGAAAUCAUAAUUUAUGAAAAGCACAAUUAUCAACUUUCCGGUUUUAAGCAGUGCAUGAUGAGAUCUGCUUGUGUAUAUAUGCAUGGUGCGCUUACAAGCAAGGGCUGGAUUCCAGGAAUAGCAAAAUAUUUCUUAUAAAAAAGUUAUAAUGCCAUAACAUGUGGACUCACUUUCAUCACGUGCUGUACUGUCCGCUUAAUUCCCACUGCAUACAUUCUUUAAUUGAUUAUUUGACGAUUUUCGGCACACAAUUUUCCGGUUUCUACUCAAAUCAAAUGAUGGACUAUCUUCUCUAUUAAAAUUUCUCGCAGCAAUAAUAGUUUAAAUGUAAUAAUAAAAUGAUUGCUAGUAUUUAUUAUCUGUUAGGCUGGUUUCUCCUAACACAUGUAAACUUUAUCAGGUAUAAAGAGAGUUUUA